AUGGAAAAGAUGCGUAUUUGGAACGGAUAUUUUAUGCUUUUAGUAUGCGUACUGUUUUCUGUAAGCGGUAACGACGAUGGGUCUAUGACUGAACAUUCUUUGGAAUUGACCCAGUCCUUGAACUUGGCUCGACAAGAACUUAUUCAAGACGCAUGCAGACGGUUUCCUUUAAAAUGGAGCCUCGAUGAAUUAACUCCAAGUCAAUUUGAACAUAUUCUAGUUGAUGAUGACCAUAAACUUCUUUACUGCUAUGUUCCAAAGGUUGCGUGCACGAAUUGGAAAAGAGUGUUAAUGAUACUGGCCGGAAAAUGGAACGACACGGACGUUCUCUCUAUACCCGCCAGUCUUGCGCACUCGCCUGGAAUGUUCCGAAACCUGAGCACAGUCUCUAAGGAAGACAGGGUCGCCAUGUUGGAAAACUACCACAAAAUGAUCAUCGUAAGGAAUCCGUUCGAACGAUUGUUGUCGGCGUAUAGAAAUAAAUUGGAAGGCGAAACGCAGAGUGCAAAAUAUUUUCAGAACCGAGUAGGCAAGAGAAUUAUUCGAGCUUACCGCGAGAAUCCCUCCAACGAGUCGCUAGAACACGGCCAUGACGUCACGUUCAAGGAGUUCGCCAUGUUCCUGACCAACAAGUCGGAAGAGCUAGCUGACGUGGUGAACAAUGAGCACUGGCAGCCUAUCACCAAUCUUUGUCACCCGUGCCUGAUAAAGUAUACAUUAGUUGGUAAAUAUGAGACGCUGUUAGAUGACUCACUUCUCGCUCUGCACACUAUCAACGCGUCACACAUCCAGUUCCCUCGCCUCAUCCACACUUCAGGAACAGCCGAAAAGUUACACGGGUACUUCUCCCAACUCGAUCUACCUCUCAUACGUCGCCUUUAUAAACUCUACAAGUACGACUACAGGCUGUUCAACUAUGAUCUGGACAAUAUAGUAGGUUAUGAUCUAGGGUAG